UACCUUAUCAAAUACUGAAGUCUAAGGUUUUGGUUUGCUGACAACGGCUACUGGUAAAAAGUAAAAGCCUGUUAUAUUUUUCUAGAACUACAGCUACAGUAGUGCUAAAUUUGAAACUAGAACUAAACUACAGUAUGCAGUCGGUUGAAGAACAUUCAAUAUUGCGGUAUGCUUUAACAGGAGAUCUCAGAGGUCUUCAGGAAUAUUUGGAAACCGUCGAGAGUUUAACAGUAUCAGACAGAGAAUCUCCAAAAUAUUUAUUUAAGGAAAAGGAUGAACUCGGCAGGAAUGCCUUUUUUACAGCAUGCGCGCUGGGAAGAGACGAUAUCGUCCGAGAACUGGUAAAACAUGGAGCAGAAGUCAAUGAACUCACUGCUAGAGGUUAUUCCCCGCUGCAUUACUCUACACUCUGGGGCCAGCUAGAAACGGUGAAAACUUUAGUAGCGCUGGGUGCCAACAUGCAAUUGAAGAACUUCCGAGGGGAACGAGCGAUUGAUGUGGCCUCCCGGUAUUCAAAAACGGAUUGCGCUGAAUAUCUUAACUGGGCAGAGGCUAAGCAGGACUUGGUGUCUUACAUAUCUCACGUGAGAGACACCGUUUCCGAUCCUGACAAGGUUCAGGGCAAACUUAGCAAAGAAGAUAAGAACAUGUGCACGAGUAUCUGUACGGCAAAGUAUGACUGGGUGCAGACUGCCAGAGACCCGUCGACCCAGGAAUUCAUUGACCAGAAAAGACGUCUUGAGGACACACUGUCAACUAUUCUCUCCAAGCUCGCUAUUCUGUAUGACGCCACAGCUAAAACAAUCAAAGCCUGAGACACAAGGUUGAGGAUAAUCCCUGUGGAAUGACUGGGGUAAAACCCUGCUUUUUUCUAAAGGCUCUUUCAUGCCGGGAACAAGCUGACCACACUGUCUGCUAUUCUGCGUCUUUACCACAGGGUGUCACUGUGUUGCUAUCUGCA